AUGAUAGCAAAAAACCAAAAGCAACAAGAAAGAUGUCCUCCAACACCCAUACCAGUAAAGGCGGGCCACACACGGUUUGAAUGGCUCAAGCUCGUAGCUACACUCGCUAUUCCCGUAGCAAUUGGCGUCUUUACCAUAAUGAAUAAUUUUCAACAGAUGAAUUUAAGUAAAAGUCAAUUUGAAAAUCAGUUACGUAUUGCUAAUGAUAAUCGUCAAAAUGAUAUACGAGUGGCAGAAGAAGCACGUGUGAACGAUCUACGUAUUGCCCAAAAAGAUCGUGAAAAAGAUUUGCAAAUGGCAGAUAAUCAACAAAAGCAAGCAGUACUAAUAGAAUAUCAAAAUUUUUUGGCUGAACUGUUGUUAAAAGAAGGCAUUCGUCUUAACGGUAGUAACAGUGAAGCAGCUCGUUUUGUUGCACGAUUUAAAACAUUGACUGGUUUUAGUCAGCUGAAUCCGGAGAGAAAAGCUUUUCUGUUUAAAUCUCUAUACGAAGUGAAACUAAUAACGAAUAAUGAUGAAUUUGAAUCAGCUAUUGUUAGCCUCGCAUCAGCUGAUUUAACAAAUAUUAUCUUAGGAUUGCCGCGAGAUUCGGAUGUCCUCCCUGGGUUCAAGGGUCCCUGUUUUACAAAUUUGCAUCUAUCUGGAGCGGACUUAACAAAUGCCUCGUUCCGAGGUGUUCGAUUCUCUAAUAUUACAUUUGCCAAUGCAGUUCUCGACAACGCUGAUUUCGGUUACACUGAAGACGCAGGUAAAUUUAUCGAUUUUCAAGGCUCAUCAUUGCAAUCGGCCAACUUUUUUAAUGCGAACUAUAAAGUCGCAUACUAUAUCCAAUUUCAAGGCGCCAAAUUCAACAAUGCGCGUUUAAUGAACUUCAUAUGUGUCCGUUGCGGAUUUACAAGCACUAUUAUGCAAGAAGCAAAUAUGACUAAUGCAAGGUUCACAUCCUGCCAGUUUAUCCUCACAAAAAUGCUGAAUUGUAUUAUGGUUGAUAUAUUUAUUAAAAAUUCAACUUUUGAUGAGACAGAUCUAACUGGCUGUGAUAUGCGAGGAGCUAUAUUUGAAUAUACAACUUUUUCAGAAAAGACACAGCUAAUUGGCGCCGAUAUGUCUCUUAUAGAACUUCGUCACUGCGACUUUAGCAACACAAAUCUAAGUGGAUGCAAUAUGACACGUGCUAUACUCAACGGAACCUCCUUUCUGAAUUCAAAUCUGUCCGGAUGUGUGGGACUUAAUGAAUGGCAACUUCGACAAACAAAAUCAUUAGCCGGUAGCACUUUACCGAAUGGAACUCUUGUGCGUGCCAAGUGA